CCAGUAUUAGCGCGUGACUGGGAAUUGCAAGUGAGUUUUGCAAUUCACGGCUCCACCGGUGAAUUGUAUGGAGAUGGCGCAGCUAUAUGGUACGUACAGGAUCGGGCCCAGCCUGGACCAGUUUUCGGAUCCAGAGACUAUUUCCGUGGCCUAGGCAUUUUCUUGGACACAUACAGCAAUCAUAAUGGGCCGCAUGCGCCAGUAUUAGCGCGUGACUGGGAAUUGCAAGUGAGUUUUGCAAUCCACGGCUCCACUGGUGAAUUGUAUGGAGAUGGCGCAGCUAUUUGGUACGUACAGGAUCGUGCCCAGCCUGGACCAGUUUUCGGAUCCAGAGAUUAUUUCCGUGGUUUGGGCAUUUUUUUGGACACAUACAGCAAUCAUAAUGGGCCGCAUGCGCAUGGUCAUCCAUAUAUCUCAGCAAUGGUCAAUAAUGGCUCGUUACACUACGAUCACGAUAUGGACGGUACGCAUACACAACUCGGUGGUGAACAUACCGGAUGUGAGGUACGAUUCCGUAACAAACAGCACGAAACCCAGCUGCUGGUUCGAUAUGUGAGCGAUGUACUUUCGAUAUAUACGGAUAUUUUGGGCGCCGGAAAGUGGCAGGAAUGUAUGUCUGUUGCUGGUGUUCGAUUACCUACUGGCUAUUAUUUUGGAUUUACCGCAGCUACCGGUGAUUUGAGCGGUAAGUGA